CUUCCCAGGAGGCUGUUCGCGCCUGGUAGAUCACGUGACGGGAGCGCGGGCUUUGGAAGGCUGUGAAGCUGGAAACGACUUCGGUUCGACAUUGAAAGAACGGGCUCGGGACUGUUCAGAGAACGCUGGGGACUCCAAACCACUGCCAGCUGCUGAAGCCUCGUGCACUCGAGGCGGGGUGAGGUCUCGAGGAAGCAUCUCUGAGAGCGGCGAGGGCAGGACCAGACAGCCCGGGGCUUGCGCCAUUCGCACUGCUACGAGCAUCUCUCUUCGCCUGUAGGAAGAAGCCAUCACCCCUGUGUUACCAUGGGAAUUCACGGCCUCGCCAAACUAAUUGCUGAUGUGGCCCCCAGUGCCAUCCGUGAGAAUGACAUCAAGAGCUACUUUGGUCGGAAAGUGGCCAUCGAUGCCUCUAUGAGCAUCUACCAGUUCCUGAUUGCUGUUCGCCAGGGUGGGGACGUGCUGCAGAACGAGGAGGGGGAGACCACCAGCCACCUGAUGGGCAUGUUCUACCGGACCAUCCGCAUGAUGGAAAAUGGCAUCAAGCCCGUGUAUGUCUUCGAUGGCAAACCACCGCAGCUGAAGUCAGGCGAGCUGGCCAAACGCAGUGAGAGGCGCGCGGAGGCCGAGAAGCAGCUGCAGCAGGCUCAGGAGGCUGGGAUGGAGGAGGAGGUGGAGAAGUUCACAAAGCGCCUCGUGAAGGUCACCAAGCAACACAACGACGAGUGCAAGCGCCUGCUGAGCCUCAUGGGCAUCCCGUACCUCGACGCACCCAGCGAGGCGGAGGCCAGCUGUGCUGCCCUGGCCAAGGCCGGCAAGGUCUAUGCCGCAGCCACGGAGGACAUGGACUGCCUCACUUUCGGCAGCCCCGUGCUAAUGCGACACUUGACUGCCAGCGAGGCCAAGAAGCUGCCCAUCCAAGAGUUCCACCUGAGCCGCAUCCUGCAGGAGCUGGGUCUGAACCAAGAGCAGUUUGUGGACCUGUGCAUCCUGCUGGGGAGCGACUACUGUGAGAGCAUCCGAGGCAUCGGGCCCAAGCGGGCGGUCGACCUCAUCCAGAAGCACAAGAGCAUCGAGGAGAUCGUGAGGCGGCUGGAUCCCAGCAAGUACCCGCUUCCAGAAAACUGGCUCCACAAGGAAGCCCAGCAGCUCUUCCUGGAGCCCGAAGUACUGGACACAGAGUCUGUGGAGCUGAAGUGGAGCGAGCCAAAUGAAGAAGAGCUGGUCAGAUUUAUGUGUGGUGAAAAGCAGUUUUCUGAGGAGCGAAUUCGCAGCGGGGUCAAGCGGCUGAGUAAGAGCCGCCAGGGCAGCACCCAGGGACGUCUAGAUGAUUUCUUCAAGGUGACCGGCUCGCUCUCUUCAGCUAAGCGCAAGGAGCCAGAACCCAAGGGGCCUGCUAAGAAGAAAGCAAAGACUGGGGGAGCGGGGAAGUUCAGAAAGGGAAAAUAAAUGUGUCGUUCCCUUCACUGUCCCUUGACCCCAGGAUAGCUGCUUUGUGCCCUCCCCUAGAGCAAUCCCCUCACCCUUGUCUUGAGGAGAGUUAGAGUUCAUUGCUUCCCAGCGCUGCCCUUCAGAGCUUUCUCUCUCCUGACCCUGUGGCAGGAAGGCCAUAGCUCUCUGCUUUUCCUCAUUUUUUAGCUCAGGAAAGAUAUCAGGCUCAAACCACUUCUCAGGUUAACAGACACUGUAGCCACUGUUCUGUGUAACUGCUAGCGACAUCUUAAGGAAGAACAAGAUUAAAGCAGGAAGAGUGUAUGGAGAUAAUUUCCCAGCUGGCCGGCUGGUGAGGCGAGAUGACCGUAGACCAUGACUGACUACUGCCCAUUCUGCUUUCACUGUGCCCUGAAGGACACUCAUCAGCCUGGGGUUAGCUGACCAGAGCUGCAGAGAGAGGCAAGCAGAGGGGAGUCUGGCUGACAACAGAUUUAAUACUGACUGACUGUUUUGUGGGCAGAAAUUGGAAUUUGCUGUCUGGUGAGUCCACUAGUUGUGCAGGGGAGUGAAAAAGCAGUGUUUAGGUUUUGGUUUGUAGUUUUUUGUUUUUGUCUCUCCCCUCUCCAGUGUUGGGAAUUGAACCCAGGGCAAAGGCAUUGAGUGUACCACUGACAUGUAGCUCCGAAUAAUGCUCUGACCGCCUUUCUGAGGCAAACAAUUGGAUUGAGGUUUGAGGAAAAGAAACUUGUUCAUGGGCUGUUUCUAUUUGAAAAGAUGUAAAGAAAAAAAAAACCAAUAAAAUUAUAAAAAUGA